UACUAUAACAACAACCAGCAUGCAUAAAGCAAUCAUUGAUAACAGCACAUAAUAUACGUAGCAAUUAGAAAAAUAUAUGAACAUAAACCACAAGACAACUUGACCUAUUACGAGACUCCAAGCAUCCCCACCCACGUAUUCAUAUAUGAUAACUCUCAGGCCAAGCAACAACCAACUUCAAACAUCGCAUGAAAUCUACGAAUACUAAAUUCAUAGACAUGUCGUAAGGGAUUGUUAAUUUCCUUAAUUAAAGCGAAUAAUGCGCACUUUUUUGUCUUACACGGCUCACAGUGCGCGCCUUCUUCUAUAUAUAUAUUGUUUCUGUGAUGCAGUAUCUGUUUCUCAGAGGAACACAAGUUUAUAAAAUGGCUCUUAGAUGGCUUCUGCACUCAGCUUGCCAUCUUGUGGGGUACCCUACAAAGGAAGAGGAGUGCAAGGAGAAUGAAGGAUACCCUAAUGGAGAGAGGGUGAAGGGGUUGUGUCCUUGUUCAGGGUUUGAAAUGCCACUUCACUAUCCGCGCUACACCAGAGAGGAGUAUGAGAGCAUGGAGGAGUGGAAGGUGGAGUUGCUUCUGAAGCAAUAUGGAUUAAGUUUGAAGGGUAGUGUCGAGGAAAAGAGAGUUUUUGCAAUGGGAGCAUUCUUGUGGCCAUGAUCAUCAUCAAAUGUCAUUUUUUCUCUGGAAAAAUCUGUGUGGUAGAUGCUGGUCAAGUUUUGUGUACUUGACCGUGGUAUAUGAUGAUGAGGCACGUGAAUAUAUAAUAAAUUGAUAAUGCUGUGAUAAUAUGUGUCGUUGUCCAUGUACACUUGUAUUUGUCGCUGUGUUAAUGUAUGGUUCAUGAAUAUUGAUGGCA